AUGGCUCCCAAGCUCAGAGAUCCGUCCUUGCUGAAGCAGGAUGUCUGCUAUGUUAACGGACAGUGGGUAGCUGCCAAGUCUGGCAAGACAUUCAAGGUCAACGACCCUGCCACUGGCGAAUUGAUCGGAACUGCCCCCGAAUUCUCCAUCGAAGACACUGAGUCAGCCAUCACUGCCGCCGCCGAUGCUUUCAAGACCUUCCGCUCAUUGACCGGCCGCGAGCGCUCCAAGAUGCUGCGCAAGUGGUACGACCUCGCCGUGGAAAACGCCGAGGAUAUUGCCCAGCUUAUUACUUGGGAGAACGGAAAGCCGCUUGCCGAUGCCAGAGGCGAAUCUACCUAUGCUGCCAACUUCUUUGAGUGGUUCAGCGAGGAGGCGCCGCGCGUAUAUGGUGAUGUCAUUCCUGCCACCGUGCCUGGAAACCGGGUGUGGACUCUCAAGGAGCCCGUUGGUGUCUGUGGUCUGAUUACACCUUGGAACUUCCCCGCUGCCAUGAUCACACGAAAGAUUGGCCCUGCGCUGGCAGCCGGAUGCACAGUCGUGUGCAAAGCUCCCGGAGAGACACCAUUCACAGCCCUUGCGCUCGCUGAGCUGGCUCACCGCGCGGGUAUCCCCAAGGGUGUUGUCAACAUUGUGACGACAUUGGAUAACACCGUGGCCAUUGGCGAACUGUUGACUACCCAUCCCACUAUCAAGAAGGUUUCCUUCACUGGCUCCACUGGUGUCGGCAAGCUCCUGAUGAAGCAGUCAUCCGCCACACUCAAGAAGCUGUCAUUGGAGCUCGGCGGAAACUCUCCCUUCAUCGUCUUCGACGACGCCGACCUCGACGCCGCUGUGGCCGGCGCCAUCAUGUCUAAAUUCCGAUCUUCAGGGCAGACUUGCGUGUGCGCCAACCGAAUCUACGUCCAAGAGGGCAUCUACGAGGCCUUUGUCACAAAGUUUGUCGAAAAGGUCAAGCAGUUCAAGGUCGGCAACGGCUUCGCCGAGGGCACCACCCACGGCCCCCUCAUCCACGGCCGCGCCAUCUCAAAGGUCGACGCCCACGUCCAGGACGCCGUCAAGAAGGGUGCGAAGCUCCUCGUCGGCGGCCAGAAGCUGCCUGACGUCGGCCCCAACUUCUUCCAGCUCACCGUCCUCCGCGACAUGAAGGCUGACAUGGCCAUUGCCUCGGAGGAGACUUUUGGUCCCGUUGCCGGCCUCUUCCCCUUCAAGACCGAGGCCGAGGUCGUCCAGCUGGCCAACAACUCCGAGGUUGGCCUGGCCGGCUACUUCUUCUCUCGCGAUUUGGAGCGGGUUCACCGCGUUGCCGAAGCUCUCGAGGUUGGCAUGAUUGGUGUCAACACGGGCAUCAUCUCCGACCCUGCGGCGCCAUUCGGCGGUGUCAAGGAGAGCGGUUUCGGCCGAGAGGGAUCAAAGUAUGGUAUUGCAGAGUACCAAAUCACCAAGAUGAUUACCUACGGCGGUAUGGGUAAGCCUCUGCAGAGCUAA